ACUGCCGCGCUGUGCUGCUGUACGUUUGCUCUUCUGCGCUCGGAGUGCUGCUGCCUUUCGUUACAGUCCAGGACAGUUUGCAGGGUUUUCCAUCUUAUAUUCUCGCCGACGGAAUUUGUCAUUCUGAGCGCGCUCUUGCCGCUGAAUCUUUGUCGCUGCACUGAUGGCUGAUACUAGAUGUGAAUUGUCUUAUUGCAGAAUGAGGGGGAUUAUGUCGCUUCUCACUGCUUUCAUAAAGGACAGGAAGAUGGGCUUGAAUGACUUCAUGCAGAAGCUUGUGUCCUGCCCUCAUAUGUGCCAACACGAUGUCAGAGGGUUCCUGACGAUCGAUGAGAAGCGGAAUGAGGAUAUAAUGAAUUUGGACGAUGAACUUGACUCAGCGAUGCAUUCAAACGGUCCCAGGAGCUCCCUCGCAGAGGAAACACAAAUGAAGCCGUGUGACUUUCACUACCUAAAGAUCAUUGGCAAAGGAAGCUUUGGAAAGGUCCUGCUGGCCAAACACAAGGAGACCUCUGAGUACUAUGCCAUCAAAGUGCUGCAGAAGAAAGUUAUCCUCAAGAAGAAAGAGCAAAAGCACAUCAUGGCGGAGCGCAGCGUCCUGCUGAAGACCGUGAAGCACCCCUUCCUCGUGGGGCUGCAGUACUCCUUCCAGACCACGGACAAGCUCUACUUCGUCCUGGACUUUGUCAACGGGGGAGAGCUGUUCUACCACCUGCAGCGGGAGAGGAUCUUCCUGGAGCCACGAGCCCGCUUCUACGCCGCUGAGAUUGCCAGCGCCCUGGGCUACCUCCACUCCCUGCACAUCAUCUACAGAGACCUGAAGCCGGAGAACAUCCUCCUGGACUCCCAGGGCCACAUCGUUCUCACUGACUUCGGCCUCUGCAAGGAGGGCCUGGAGCCCAACGGGACCACCUCCACCUUCUGCGGGACACCAGAGUACCUGGCCCCAGAGGUGCUGCAGAAGCAGGCCUAUGACCACACAGUGGACUGGUGGUGCCUGGGCUGUGUGCUGUAUGAGAUGCUGUACGGCCUGCCCCCGUUCUACAGCCGGAACACGGCGGAGAUGUACAGCAACAUCCUGAACAAGGCCCCCGUAAUGAAGCCCAACGUCUCCAACGCCGGGAGAGAGCUGCUGGAGGCACUGCUGCAGAAGAACAGGACACACAGGCUGGGAGCCAAGCAGGACUUUGAGGAGCUCAAGAUUCACUCCUUCUUCUCCCCCAUCAACUGGGGCGACCUGAUAGCCAAGAAGAUCAAGCCCCAGUUCGUCCCAGCCGUGACUGGCCCCAUGGACCUGCGGCACUUUGACCCCGAGUUCACCCACCUCCCCGUGACGUCCUCCGUGUGCAACUCGGACAGUCUAAUGGUGACCAGCAGCGUGCGCGAAGCUGCCCACGCCUUCCCCGGCUUCUCCUACGGGCCUCCCAAAGACCACGGCUUCCACUAGGGGGCGCUGCCUCCACACACUCCCUCCUCCAGCUCCUCUCUACCAUUCCAGUCGAGGCCAGGGGUUCAACCAGGCCGUAACCAGUGGGACUCACCCCGGUGUGUCUGCUGUCAGGAAAUACCACACCGAAAGGACGAGGAACAGGAGUGUCCUCUGUUGGACUUGGGACUCAUUUUUAUUUUUUUAUUUCUUUUAUUUCUGUCCUGCUCAAACGGCCAAGAAAUGAAGCGCUGCCAAGAUUUGGGAAACACUGGUCAAUUCAGGAUAUGCUGGAACACUUGGAGCAGAAGUGGGUACUUGGUGGACGUUUCAGAUGCGAUGACUGACCUCUUCAGGAGGGCCGCCGGUUCCGUGCGUCACCAGGAGCCAGCCGGAUGGUCCGGAUCGCUCAUAGCAGGACUGGCUGUGAAGUCAAUGCCUUUCUCCUUCAAACUGUUCCGGAUUACGAACGAGUACAGCGUGGACUCUUUUCUGCACAGUUCUUUCAUUGCACUUUGGGACCCAACACCUGUGGAAAGGCAGUUAAGACGGUGGCCUACAGAACGUCAAAAAACUAAAACAAUUAUUGUCAAAGUGUUGUUUGUACCUCCUCACAUAAAUAUAGGAGGUGUAUGUAGUUUGGUGUAUGUUGAUGGUCUUGGCUCCUGGGACCAGCCAACUCUAAUCUAUAAUACUUCCGCAAAGCCAGUUUGUGCAAAUGCUUAAACUGACGCGAGACCAGUGAUUAGUGCCCCAACCUGUAAGCAUACCAUGGGUUAGCACAAGCUGUGAGAGUUCAAACACUGUUCUGAGAUCAGCUUUACGAAAAGCUUUGUUCAGGAAAGGGUAUCUCAGUGCCCUGGCUUGCAGAUGCAUAAUUCAUCACAUUUCUGUAAAAAGCAUAUCAGUAAAUUACAUUUUCUCAAAACGCUAGCCUCUGUAAUAUUUUGCCAAACCCAGCUGUCGUACCCUUUUAUGUUUUUUUCUUUUUCAUCUAUCCUUGCUGUUUUUUAUAUUUACUCGCUAAUUUAAACUGUUUCUUUGAACUAUUUUGCUGUCCUGAAAAAUGUAUACGCACUUUAAUUUUCAAUAGAAAAGUGAAUGAAGAAUUGUUUGCAGCGUCCAUGUAUUGUAAAUGGUACAGAAUGGACGACCUUAUUUUGAAUCCACGUGUUGAAUGUGGAACAGGUGUUCUGGAUUUUCUCCGUCCUGAUAACACCAGCACUGUGGAGGACAUGACAAUACCCUGUUUCACCGUGGAAACUUUUGCUUUUAAACAUUUUGUUACUAAAUGCAUGUACUCAGCAAAUAAGAUCAUUUCUGUAUUAUUAUUAUUUUUAAAACAAGCUUUGUGCUUUCAGGGGACCAAGAGUGCAAUACACACAUGGGCAUGACCCGUUUUGCAUUUCUGUUGUUGCAAUGAACCGAUAUGUAGAGUAUUUAUUGGCAGGAAAAGAGAUGUCUGCAAUAUCAUACCUUGGAUAGCACCACUGUCGAAUUUUAAUUAAAACAUUUGCAUUUGUGUAUUGUAUGUUGUUGAUAGUAAUAUAUAAGAACCGCGGGUUUGUCGCGUGCUUGUCAGAACCUGUGAAAUGUUAUAGCGAAGUUGACCUGAGGAGGGCGCUGUUCUCAUGCCUACAGACGUGUUUAAUUUGGUCGUCUGGGGGAAGGACUGCCGCCGCUUGGACAUGUUCUAGGGGAACAGACUCUCCCACCCCCAUCAGUCACGCCACAGAAAAACACAAGGCAUGGUAAUAUGCUUGGAUGUGUUGCAAUUUAUUUUAUAUUUGGAAGUAUUUUGGUUUCAUUGUGUUUUCUUCACUUACUGUAUAACAUCUCUCACACAUGCAAACAUUGUACCUUCAGAAACAAGUGGAGUAGUUGCCAGUUUCAAUGAAGCAAUGAAACAUGAGGCUGAUUUAUGUGAUGAAAAUGUAAAUAAAUUCAUAUAACUA